GCCCCACCGGAGCCUCCAGACUCUUGCCUGCUCUCUUGCCCCGGCCCCUUCACCUGCCGGGUGCCCUUCACUGCAGCCAGCCGAUGGGUACGGACCCGUGCCCCCCUCGACGCCUGGAGCCCUUUGAGCUGCCCGUGCGGCCUCCUCUCCGCCCCAUCCCCCGGCCCAAGACUCCUACUGGGCCUCAGCAGCAGUGGCAGCAGCAGCCGCAGCUGCAGGAAUCGCCGCAUCCUCCCGAUCCCGUUUCCUCCGCUUGUUGUCCCCUCUCCGGGCCUGGACCGGCUCCCAGCAGCGCUUGGAGGAGAGCAGUGGCCUUCCCCAUGGAUGAUGAUGACAAGAUCGUCGGGGGCUACACGUGCCAGCAGAAUUCCCUGCCUUACCAGGUGUCCCUGAACAGUGGCUACCACUUCUGUGGUGGCUCCCUCAUCAACAGCGAGUGGGUUGUGUCCGCUGCUCACUGCUACAUGUCCCGCAUCCAGGUAAGACUGGGCGAGCAUGACAUUGAGGUCUUGGAGGGCACCGAGCAGUUCAUCGACUCUGCCUCUGUCAUCCGCCACCCCAACUACAACUCCUUCAACAUCGACAAUGACAUCAUGCUGAUCAAGCUGGAGACCCCCGCCGAGCUCAGCUCCCGCGUGGCCACAGUCUCCCUGCCCUCUGACUGCGCUCCCGCCGGCACCUCCUGUCUCAUCUCCGGCUGGGGAAACACCCAGAGCAGUGGCAGCAACUACCCCGACCUACUGCAGUGCCUGGAUGCCCCCAUCCUGGAUGAUGCCCAGUGCCACAACGCCUACCCUGGACAGAUCACCAACAAUAUGAUGUGUCUGGGAUUCCUGGAGGGCGGCAAAGACUCCUGCCAGGGUGACUCUGGUGGCCCCGUGGUCUGCAAUGGGGAGCUGCAGGGCAUCGUCUCUUGGGGCUACGGCUGUGCCAUGAAAGGCAAACCCGGCGUCUACACCAAGGUGUGCAACUACAUCUCCUGGAUCCAGCAGACCAUAGAAAACUACUAAGUGGCCACUGACCUCUGAGCCCUUCUGGGUGGGCCACCCUGGGCCCCUCUGUGGGGCAGUCUGCUGUCUCCUCAUCCACUUCCUUGCUUAGAACUAGAUCUAAAUAAAAACGUUUGCCCUUCA